AUGACCCCUGAGAAGGUGCUGAGAGAGGGGGUGCUGGAGAAGCGGAGCGGGGGGCUGCUGCAGCUCUGGAAGAAGAAGCGGUGCCUGCUGACAGAGAAGGGGCUGCAGCUCUUCAAGCCCAAGGGCUCGCGGCGCAAGGAGCUGAGCUUUGCCCGCAUGAAGGCAGUGGAGUGUGUGGAGUGGAAGGAGCGGCACAUCUACUUCACGGUGGUGAUGGACGACAGCCACGAGAUCGACUUCCGCUGCGCCCAGGAGGACCCGGGCUGGAACGCCGAGAUCACCAUGGGCCUUGUCCGCUUCAAGAACCAGCAAGCGAUCCAGAUCGUCCGCGCCCGGCACAGCUGCCGAGCAGUGGUGCAGUUCGACGCAGCCUCGGUGGGCCAGCCCAUGGACGCGCAGCAUCCGAAGAGCAGGAUGGAGAUGGCCCUCAGCUCGGCGGGCGGUGGGGAGAACAGGAUCCCAGCGGGCAAGUGA